AUGGAGGAUCUUAAACGCGCAAAGAUAACUCGACGCGCUCAACGAGCCCAAGCAACAAAGACGUGGAAUAAAGCAGAAGCGUUAAUGAAUGACGAGAUCAACGAAACCAACAUUCAACGACUACAAGUUGUGCUACAGACAUUCGACACGAAAAUCGAACAAUUGAAAAAGCUCGACGAGAAUAUAUCGUGUAAAAUCGAGACCGAGAAAGAACUGGAAAGCGAGAUCGUGGAAGCAGACGACUAUCUAAGUGAGGUAAUGGAUAAAAGGUACCGAAUACAAUUUUUUAUAAGUGCUAAUCAAGCCACUACGGCAAGUCCUAACAACACGCUGUCUGCGGCGCAAAACUAUAAUCAAGGAGAACAAUUGGCCUCUCAAGGUCACACUUACUCGCUGCAAUUGAACAAUUCGAGUGCGCAUAGAUUACCUAAGUUAGCCCUGCCGAUAUUCAAUGGGAAUCCACUAAAAUGGCAAACGUUUUGGGACUCGUACAAAGCCGCAGUUCAUGAUAAUAAAUCUCUAUGUGACAUACAAAGAUUCAAUUAUUUAAAAGCGCAUCUGGCGGAAGAAGCGGCUAGAUCAAUCGAGGGUUUACCACUAACAGACACAAACUACGCACAGUCAGUCAAGAUACUAGAAGAAAGAUUUGGUCAACCACAUAAAAUCACAAACGCACACAUGCAAGCAUUGUUAGACCUCCCUAAUCCAUCUGAGUCCGUAACUAGUUUACGUGGGUUUUACGACCGCAUGGAAAAUCACGUCCGAAGCCUUGAAGCUUUGGGGAAAACACAAGACUCCUACGGUGAUCUCCUAGUGCCCGUUAUCUUGAGCAAGCUUCCGACCACUGUAAAACACAAUCUUAUUCGAGAACAUGGAACCACGGACUUGAGUUUAGAACAAUUGCGCAAAGCUAUUUCGAAGGAAAUCCUUAUACUCGAGGCAGGUGAAGAGACAAAUAAACUUAACAAUUUAAGUCAGUCACCUGAUACCCUCCCUUCCAUCUCCAGUUUAUUAACGAACACUAGCAGAUACAAAAACCUUGGGGGAAAUUACAGUAACUCAAAGUUUAAAACACCACCUAACCCCUCCAAACCGAAGGCGUGUACCUUCUGUAAUGGAUCUCACAAACCGAACGACUGUACGGUGGUAAGUGAUCCUGCUGCACGAAAACAAAUUGCGUUUCAGGCGAACUUGUGUUUCAACUGCCUUAAUAACCAUCGCGUGUCACAGUGCAAAUCCAAAAACCGCUGCAGACAAUGUCACCAAAAACACCAUACAAGCCUUUGUGUAGGGAAUAAAGAGCGCCCAGAACAACAAAAACCUGACCCAAACACGCGUCAAAACAUCAAAGACAAGGACAGAAACGUGCAAUGUAUGUGUACCAACGGUGGCGACGUAGCUCAAACAACCAACACAAGCGAACAAACAUCUGGUAACAACAACACGUCAGCAUCCGUUACGAACCUUCAUACCAACCUAUCCGACAACAAGUACUCCCACCGAUAUACCUUACUGAAAACAGCAAUAGCCACCGUACAAUCCCGAAACAGAGCCGCAACCGCACACAUCCUGUUCGAUGAAGGUGCCCAACGUUCUUUCAUAACUGAAGAAUUAGCAAACAGUCUCAACCUCGUGCCAGAAAGGACAGAACUUUUACACCUAUCAGUCUUCGGUGGUGCCCAGACAUCAGUGAAAAGAGUCGAUAUCGCAACCGUACAUCUACAAACAGACACUGGUGGAAUUAUCCCAAUCCAAGUAGUAAUCAUCCCAGUGAUUGCUAUACCACAAAAGAACCAUAUCACCACUGACAUAUACAACCUACCUUACCUCAAGAACCUCAAGCUAGCUCAUCCCGUCACCAGCGAUGACCAAUUCGAGAUCUCUCUCCUCAUUGGUGCAGACCACUAUUGGGACGUGGUAGAAGACAAGAUUGUUCGGGGAUCUGGACCUACUGCCGCCAAAUCAAAGAUUGGCUACCUACUGUCUGGACCAACUGCCAUUCCCUACCCACCAUCAGAACUCAUCGCUACAGUCCUCAAGGCCAUCGUUGCGACAGAACGGGAAGAAGAAAUGUUAGAACGGUUCUGGAACUUGGAAUCCAUAGGCAUUUUACCUGAUGAAACCGAGAAAAAAGAAAGAGAGUUCGUUGAAGACUACCAAAAUUCCUCAAUUCACCUUGAAAAUGGACACUAUAAUGCUAAGUUGCUUGGAAACCUAAUCACCCACCACUUCCUACAAAUGAAGCAAUAGCAAAAGGACGAACCCGCUCCACAGUACGACGGCUUGCCACAGACCCCGAAAAGCUGAAAGCAUACAACCAAAUCAUCACUGAACAACAACAACGUGGAUUUAUAGAGAAAAUCCCCGAUUCCGAAAAGAUCCGAAGCAGAUGUCACUACCUUCCACACCAUGCUAUCUUGAAAGACUCCUCCACCACUCCACUUCGUGUCGUCUUUGACUGCAGUUGCAAGACAAACGAUAGUCAACCAAGCUUGAAUGAUUGUUUAGCUACUGGUCCUCCACUCUUAAACGACCUCACCGCGAUCCUCAUUCGAUUCCGCUGCUAUCGGUAUGCCUUGACUGCUGAUAUCGAGAAGGCAUUUCUCCACAUAAUUCUGGAUGAGGAAGAUCGGGAUGCCACACGAUUUUUCUGGAUAUCGGACCCAAAGGACCCGGAAAGUCCAUUUGACGUCUAUCGUUUUAAGUCUAUCCUAUUUGGUGCGUCGUGUUCACCGUUUAUCCUAAAUGCGACCCUCAAGAAACAUCUCGAAAGUAUUCACAACCCAGUCGCUGAGAAAAUGAAGACCGAUAUUUAUGUUGAUAACCUCGCCACUGGCUCUGACAGUGAGGAUGAAGCAUCUACGUUUCUUGAAAGAUCAAGGCUCAUAAUGUCACCUGUGGGCUUUAAUCUAAGAGCGUGGAAUUCUAACAACCCCACGGUUCGUGCAUCAGCCGCAGACCAAGGCCUUCAAGACAAAGAUCCAGAAACAAAGGUACUCGGGCUUCGAUGGAAUCCUAAAACUGAUACACUCCAGUUUCAGCAACGGCAACCACCUAACGACGCCAACAAUAGCAUCACAAAAAGAGAAGUUCUCUGCAAAUUCUCCAAGAUUUACGACCCACUUGGCAUCCUAACUCCAGUAACCAUUCGAGCCAAGAUACUUAUACAAGAACUGUGGAAAGAAGGGUACAGUUGGGACGAAUCUUUACCACAAGAGCUCCACGAAAAAUGGUUGGCACUCUCUAAGGAUUUGCAAACUGCCACACAAACCGAAAUUCCUCGCCGUUACUUCCCCUCUUCAUCAACAUGGCCACCUAGCACUUCCCUCCACGUAUUUGUCGACGCCAGUGUUAAAGCAUAUGGAGCAGCUGCUUAUAUCACUUGUGGUUCCGAAACAUCAUUGGUUAUGGCCAAAUCCCGAGUUGCGCCUCUCAAGAAACUUACCUUACCACAGCUCGAGUUAAUGGCAGCUGUACUUGGUGCAAGACUGUCUUCAUACCUCCAAGCCCAUUUACAAGCGUCCGACGUUUACCUCUGGUCGGAUAGUCAAAUAGUCCUCCACUGGUUGUCCUCUAAGAAAGAUUUGAAGCGAUUCGUCCACAACCGCGUCACCGAAAUCCAGUCGCUCACACAAACUGCCUCAUGGAACUAUUGUCCAACUGGGGAUAAUCCCGCUGACCUCCUAACCAGAGGAAUGCAGACUGGUGAAUUAUCCACAUCCACUCUCUGGUCUCGUGGUCCUUCGUGGCUAAAUACAAAGAAGAACUGGCCCAGCUGGAAUUCCAAAUCUGUUCUCCUCCAGUCCACUGCAGCAGAACAACUCGAAGCCAUCUCCACCAUUACUAGUGAACCAACAAACAACCUAACUAACGUACCUGAACCUAAACAUGGAAUUGCCAAAAUUAUCAAUCUGUCUGCUUAUAGUAACCUCCAUAAGCUAGUACGAGUCACAGCGUGGGUUCUACGCUUCGUCGAUAACCUGAAGAAAAGAACUCAUUCUGGUCCAUUAUCUGUCACUGAACUAGAUUCUGCUCUAAUGUUUUGGAUUGUUGAUUGUCAAUCUGUUGUGUAUUCAAACGAACUUGUCAACCUACAGUCGAAGACAUCUAACCGAUCAUCAUUGGUCAGACAACUUCGUCUAUUUCUCGCCGAAGGCAUCAUCCGCUGUGGUGGAAGAAUACAUAAUGCUCCUCUUCAAGAAUCUGCUAAGUUCCCCAUUCUCCUCCCACGAAACCAUCAUCUUACACAGUUGAUUGUGGAGGAUGCACACAGAGCAACCCUUCACUCUGGACAAAACUCUACCCUUACCCACCUCCGUCAAAGAUAUUGGAUACCUGCUGCCAGACAAUACAUUAAGAAGAUCAUCCGUCGUUGUGUAACGUGCCUCAAAACUACAGGCAAACCAUACACGGUACCAGACCCACCACCACUUCCAACAACUCGAACAAAUGAUUCAUCCCCAUUCACCAUUACUGGGGUCGAUUUUACAGGCGAAAUCUACGUGAAAUCAACCAACGGUCGAUCGAAGGUGUAUAUUUGCCUGUUCACUUGUGCAAGUACUUGUGCUGUUCACCUUGAAGUCGUGACCGACCUAACAGUUCUGACCUUUAUUGAAGCUUUCCGUCGAUUCGCAAGUCGCAAGUCACUGCCAAAAGUCUUGAUCUCUGACAACGCCUCCACCUACCAGUCCGCCAAUUGCCAAACUGUAUCCAUUAGAGGUUAGAGCUACAACCUCCUUUGGUAUUUGUCCCACAACUGACGAACCAAGUGACGAGAAAGAUCAACCAUCCGAGAACCCGCCACAGAGAGAGAAACGAUCAGCAGCAGUAGCAGCAAAGAAGAGAAGAUCUAGAACAUGUCAAUGUACAAAUAUUAGUAAUCACUCAUACUCGAACUUGAUUGGUUAG